AUGAGCUCACUAAGCUACUCUCCUCCUGCUAAAGAAGAGGAGGUCUGCUGGACGGAGAAAGAAGCUCUAGUGAAAGAGGAGGAGGAAGAGGAGGAUGUUACAGUAAAAGAAGAGGAAGGAGAGUUCAGAUUGAAAGAGGAGGAGGAUGUUACAGUGAAAGAAGAGGAAGACGCGUUUAGAGUGAAAGAGGAGGAGGAUGAUGAAGAGGAGACUGAAGAUCUGAUUAACACCAGAGAGAGACCAGACUCUCACCCUGGCAGCGGGAAGAGUCCUUCAGGGGAACCAGACCCAGAGACGCCCAAACCAGCGAGACCACACCACUGCUCCCACUGUGGAAAGAGUUUUACUAAGUUACGAAACCUAAAAGAGCAUGAGAGGACACACACAGGAGAAAAGCCUUUCCACUGCUCCCAGUGUGGAAAGAGUUUUAGUCAGUUAGGGAGCCUGAAAAUACAUAAGAGAAUACACUCUGGAGAGAAGCCUUACCACUGCUCCCACUGUGGAAUUACUUUUGCCUGGUUAGGGAGCCUGAAGUCACAUGAGAGAAUACACACAGGAGAAAAGCCCUACUGCUGUUCCCACUGUGAAAAGAGUUUUAGGUGGUUAGAAGGCCUGAAAAAGCAUGAGAGAAUACACACAGGAGAAAAGCCCUACCACUGCUCCCACUGUGGUAAGAGUUUUACUCAGUUAGGGAACCUGAAAUCACAUCAGAAGAUACAUACACAGGAGGAGAAGACAUUCCACUGCUCUAAUUGUGGAAAGACAUUUUCCCAGUCAGAGGACCUGAAAUCACAUGAGAGAAUAGAGAGGCUGUGUUCUGACUUAAGUUUUUGACUGAGAAUUUGUAUGUUUGUUAACGACACAUGAAAUCAUAUUGUUUAUAUGAAAUCAUGAAAAAAAAGGUUUACUUUUGUGGAUGUUUUUUCAUCUUGAGACAUGAUCAUAUUUUUAUAUUAUGUAUUUCGUUUUGAUUAUUAGCUCUGAUUGAUUUGAUACAAAUAUAACCUCUGAUGAUGUUCAUUAUAUUAUUUGGAUCUUGCAAAAUGUAAAUAAUUAUAUAAGGAAGUAGCCUUGCAGGAGCCUUGGCUUGUCUGAUCCAGAACAGCUCAUAGUAACAGGAGCCUUGGCUUGU